AUGCGACGAAUUGACAAUGGCCGAAGUGUAGGAGGGAAGAAAGUCCAAAAGUUGCUGGAAUUUUUCAACCAGCACUUGCCAAUGGUUGGAGUUACCGAAAAGACGUUGAUUUCACCUACUGUAAGCUCUUUUUUAAUUUUUUUUUGGUUUUAGGUACUGAAUUUAGAAUUGAAUUAGGAGUGGAUGGUAAAGAAGGGUUGGAUGUCUAGGAUAAUAUAAUUUUUAGUUUAUAAUGUUUAUUUUUGUAGAGUGACGAUGUCCAAAAGAUAUAUGCGGCAAUGCUGGUGUAUACUGGUGUUACUGAGGAAAGAACUCUUUGUUUCGAAGAUGUUGGAGAUGAAGAUGAAGCUGCGGCCAAUGGAUGUGUGCUUUUCGAGGAGUUGUAAGUUUAUAACUGUUUGUAUCUUUCGAACUUUUUUAUAAACAUGUACAACUUGCUGUGUUUUUUUUACUUUGAUUUUAGCACCUUAAAAUCUUUUCAGAUCGGUCUUUUUUAAAAAGUACAACGAUAGCUACCGCUUCAAUAUCAGCGACUUAGUAUCGCCGGAUUCUGCCAGAUUCCUUCAAUUUUUACAAGAUUUGAUCAAAUUUUACAACGUUAGAAUACAAAGGCAGAACGAUUUGGCCGAGGUUUUUAAAGAAAGGGUGAGUUUAUUAUCGUUAUAUUGUUUUUUACUUUAGAUUUGUAUUUUUUGAUCAUUGUGGCUGAGAGCAAAAUCUUAAGGAACGUGAUGUUUGAAGGGCCUCUUUUAAAGUUCAUGCUAUUUUUUAUCGUUAAAAAGCCGCUUUUGUUAAUUUGGGGUAUUUUACAUUGUUUGAAAUAGUUUUUUGUGUUAAAUUUUUAGGUACCUUUUGGUUUAAAUAAGUGUUUUUAAGUUUUAGGUAUUAUUUAUAAAGUUUGCGUAUCAUUUAUAAGGUUUGAUGUUUAGGAUGCCAUUCAAAAGCGACAAGCCGAAGCCCCGUUGAUAUUGGAUUCGUUGAGAGAGGAUGUUCAACACACAAUGGACAGUUUGGACAAUUUAAGGAGGAAAAAAGUUGAGGUAAGUCUAUAACUUCAACUGGAAGUUCAGGGAUGGGAGGAGGAAACGUUUUUUCAAAAAAACAUUUUAGCUAGCCUACCAAAUCGAAAACCUGAAGAAAGCAGAAACAGCUCAAAAAAUCGAGAUUAACAGCCUAGACGAAGCCAUCCCUAAAACCGAACUAGAAAUCCAAGAACAACAACAGAAGCUAGAGGCCACGAAGGAACGGAUACGCCUAAUGAACGAGGAAAUCGCCGAACUCAAGGGAAAACUCAUUCAAUCACCUGACCGACAGAAAAGCGAAAUGCGACAACAGGAGAAAGACCUCGACCGGUUGAACACUGAAGUCCAGAUGCUCGAAACCUCCAUAACCAACUUUGAAAACCUGCUGAAUCAACUAGAGCAAGUGGAUCAUCAUUACUUCAAUUUCAUGGAGUCAUUGAACAGCAUCAAAGAGGAAUAUAAGAAGAUCACCAAAGCUCAACACAUCGCAUCCUCACUGCAGAAGGAGCUAGAAGAAGCCAUUAUGAAGAAUAACCAAAAACAAGAUGAACUGAAAAGAUUAACUCAUACAUACGAAGCCGAGAAGAAUUCAGAAGCCCUGAAGCACGAUCGACUGAGCAAUGAGGUUCAACAAUAUGAUACAUGGGCUUUACAGCUCAAUGAGUAAGUUAUAGGAGUUAUUAGGUUUGGAUACGCUAAAUUUUGGCCUAGUUAUAUAAUACCAGUAAUUUGAGUUGAUAAUGAGGAUAACUCUUGAAAUUUAUAUUAUAGUAGGUGUGGGGUCAUAAAAAAUUCAUUUUUCGAAUGAAUAGUCGGAAUAGCUUAAAACUUGAGGAGAAAUGUCAAAACCUUAAUGUAAAGUUUAGAUUUAAAGCUGUUUUUUUUUAUUUAAGGCUUUAUUACCUAAUUUACCAAUUUUUCAGGAAAAAAGAGAAUUUAUGCGCCAAAAUCGCCGAGCAUCAAAUCAACCUGAACACAUUAAGAGACAGAAACGCCGACAUCAGAAAACAUCUUCAAGAUUACAAUGUAAGAGAAACGCUACAAGAUUACGAGCAGGAAAGGAAGCUCCUCGAAGACAGAUUGACUCAAUUACUGGACAAAAAGGUGGAUCAUAUGGACAAAAUUAAAAAGUUACAAACUAUCAUUGUCAAAAUGGAAUCCCAGAUCGAAGAUGCUCUGAAAAUUCGACACAAAAACUUUGAACAACACCGUGAUGAAGUGAAGAACAGAGAAACCAUGAAAGACUGGGUUUACACUGAACAACAAUACACUGAAUGA